CACCAAGUUUUGGGUAAAGCAUGCUUCUCGAGUUUACUUCAUAGUUGAUGACCACACUAUGCUAACUCAUGUCUCUCUCACAAUUAUUCUUAUGCAUGAUUGCAGACCCAUUAUAAGGUGCCUGAUGAUAUGGUUGAGCUAGGGAAGGCGGUACUGACUAGGGCUUGUCAGAGGUUGACAAGGCAACAGUGGUACAAUCAGAAGCAUACCUGCAUCGGGCACUUCAAGGCUGAGCGAGGCACGAGGGUCAAGAAAGCUGACAAUAUCAGGGACGAUCCUCAGAUGACAAAGGAAGAUUACUUCAAGGUUAUGCCCCUAUGGUGCGAGAAUAAGGAAGACGCAUUUGAGGCCUUGGUAGCGAGGUGGGUUGGCGAAGACGCCGACUUCAACGCCAAGAGCGCGCGCAACAAGGCAAACCGGGGCACUGGAGGAACACACAGUGCGGGAAGCCGCAGCACUGAGCGCUACAGGAAGCACAAGGAGGCGGAACUCGGGGAGCCUCUCACCGAGGUGGGAGGGUGGCAGAAGAUGAAGCUGAAGCAGCCCGAUCCGAGCCAGCCUCAGCCCUCGCUGCCCGAGUACUACGGCUUUGCCGAAGAGGAGUUGGACAAGUACUGCUCGGUGUUCAAGGGUCUUCAUCCGGAGGUGGAUGAUCCUAUUGAGCAGGAGACCGACUUGACGGCGAUUAUGGUGGCGGGGAGCGGCUCGGAGCAUGGCCGCACGAAGCUUCUUAGUGGGGUGAUCAAGCCGCAGAGGACCCUCACGCAGAUCAGGUCUACCCUCACCGCCGGCGACCCACCGGUCGCGCCUCCUCGACACCGUCGUACGGAUGCUCACUUUGAGGCCGCCUACGCGGCCGCUUAUGAGAACUAUUUGACGGUUGUAGCAGAGUGGGACCUCAAGAGAGCGGCUUGGGAAGAGUACCAGGAGGCGACGAGUCGUGUAAGUUCCAAUCUUUUAUGGUUCGAAGACAUGACAAGUCCCACCUCCCUUUUUUUUUAUAUCUGCGGCGCUUGACAUCUAAACUAUCUUGCAGGCGGUCGGGACGUUCUUCCAGACUGGAGAGAGGAUCGCACUUCCGGAAGAGGAGCCACCUAGGCCGGGGCCGACUCCAGUGUGCCCAUCGAGGGAAGCUUUCGCGGCCACAUACUACGCACGGACUCCGGGCACGGGAAGUUCGCGGAACCGACCCUCUCCUGGUUCGUCGCGCGAGGGCACACCGAUGCACCCCGGCCGCCAUUCUCCCGGUGCUUC